UGAAAAUUGCUCUUCUUUCUUCGGUCGAGACGGAGAAUUCGACCGCUCACUGAAAUUUCUUCCAUUAUGUCUCGAGAGUUCUACUUGGGACAAAAACGACCUGCAUUUUCUAUUGAUGGAAGAUAUCAGGAUGGAAUCACCUUCCCUUCGAGUAUGCAUAAUGAGCUGUCCUAUUCCACAGGGCAUAAACGGCCCAGAUUUUCUGCUGAUGGAAAACAACAUGAUGGAAUGGCCUUCCCUUCACGCAUGUCCGAUGAAACUGUGCUGAAUAAACCAGUUACUACUUCAAAAGUUGUUGAUUUUUCCGAUCCACUUGCUACUCGAGGUUUUCUUGAGGGGUUAGAUGCUGGUAAGUUUGGAAGUGUCACAAAAGAUAUAGAGGCCAUUCUUGCUCUGAAGAUGCUAACUUUAUACCCGUAUUUUGAAAAGUACCCAGCACUUAUAAGUCGGUUCUUUGAUGCCGAAAAGAGCGACUCUGGAGAUGAUGCUAAGUUGAAAAAUGGGCAAAUGGCUUAUUCGACGCACAAUAAUGUCAUCGACUUAGAUGAUGACUGUGUUGCAAAUGACACUCCAGCAAGGUCAUUGCCUAUCAUAACGAUUGAUUCUGAUGAAGAAGAUGGAGAAGACGACGGACCUUCUUAUAAUUUUCAGAAUGUUUUCUUGAACCAACCAUCUGGAGGAUCUUUCAUAAAGGACGUAGAGGUUAGGGACCCUGCAGAUAGAAGAGCUCGUGUAGAACCCAUAAAGCUUCAUGGGGAAACUAAUGCGGACAUCAACAGGGAUAGAGGUGUUUAUGUCGGUGUCGAAGAUGAAAGUGAUUCUGAGAAUAGUGCUGAGGAUGAUGGGCUUCUAGACAUGUGGAAUGAGAUGUCAAUGGCACUAGAAUUUUCCAAGGAUGUUGUUGUAGAUCCCUCAGCAGAUGAACAAGUGAAAGAAGAUGAAGAAAGCUGUGACCAUUCUUUUAUCUUAAAAGAUGAUAUUGGUUAUGUUUGUCGCAUUUGCGGGGUUAUUGACAAAGGAAUUGAGAAUAUAUUUGAGUUCCAGUAUAACAAGGUAAAAAGGUCUUGUCGAACUUACAUGCCGGACUCUCGAAACUCCCGAGACAAUGAAUCAACUGGAAUAGCUGGACUUAAUUUGUAUGGUGAUGAUUUGAUGGUUACUGAAGUAUAUGCCCACCCCAGGCACACAAAGAAAAUGAAACCUCAUCAGGUGGAGGGUUUCAAUUUCCUAGUUAGCAACUUGGUGGGUGAUAAUCCUGGAGGCUGCAUCCUGGCCCAUGCACCUGGAUCAGGAAAAACGUUUAUGAUAAUCAGUUUUGUACAGAGUUUCUUGGCAAAAUAUCCCAAUGGUAGACCCCUUGUUGUUCUUCCGAAAGGAAUUUUGUCCACGUGGAAAAAAGAGUUUCAGAUUUGGCAGAUAGAGAAUAUUCCAUUAUAUGACUGCUACACUGCCAAAGCUGAUAGUCGGUUCCAGCAAUUAGAGGUUUUGAAACAAUGGAUAGAGACGAAAAGUAUCCUUUUCCUAGGUUACAAACAGUUCUCCUCCAUUGUUUGUGAUCCAGAAAACAAUGAGGUAUCAACUGCUUGCCGUGAGAUACUGCUUAAGGCUCCGUCGAUUCUUAUUCUGGAUGAAGGGCAUACUCCAAGAAAUGAGAAUACAGAUGUCUUGCAAUCUCUUGCCAAGGUGCAGACACCAAGGAAAGUUGUACUUUCAGGAACUCUUUAUCAGAAUCACGUCAAGGAGGUGUUUAAUAUCCUGAAUCUUGUUCGACCAAAGUUUCUGAGAAUGGAGACGUCCCGACCGAUUGUCAAGCGCAUCAUGAGUAAAGUAGAUAUAUCAGGUAUUAGGAAGCAUUUCAAAGCUGCUGGUGAGGCAGCUUUCUUUGAUAUGGUGGAGCAUACACUGCAGAAAGAUAAAGAUUUUAGAAGGAAAGUCUCUGUUAUACAUGACCUGCGUGAGAUGACCAGCAAGGUCCUGCACUUUUAUAAAGGUGAUUUCUUGGAUGAGCUUCCUGGACUAGUUGAUUUCACUGUAAUUCUCAAUCUCAGCUCCAAACAGAAGCGUGAAGUUGGAAAAAUAAAGAAGUUAUCAAGAAAAUUUAAAGCAAGUUCUGUUGGAAGUGCCAUUUACCUGCAUCCAAAAUUGCAGUCCUUUUCAGAUAAUUGGACUGCAACUGAAGCGACGAUGGAUGAGCUGCUGGAAAACUUAGAUGUCGAAGAGGGAGUUAAGGCGAAAUUUUUUCUGAAUAUGCUAAGUUUAUGCGACUCGAAGCAGGAGAAGCUGCUGGUUUUCAGCCAGUACCUUGUGCCUUUGAAAUUUUUAGAGAGAUUAACAGUGAAGGAGAAGGGGUGGUGUCCAGGAAGAGAAAUCUUUGUUAUCACAGGCGAGUCUAGCUCUGAGCACAGGGAGUGGUCGAUGGAGCGAUUCAACAAUUCCCCGACUGCAAAGGUUUUCUUUGGCUCAAUUAAGGCAUGUGGAGAGGGUAUUUCUUUAGUGGGGGCAUCUAGAAUUAUAAUCUUGGAUGUUCAUCUGAAUCCAUCUGUAACCCGCCAAGCAAUUGGGCGUGCAUUCCGUCCCGGGCAGAUGAAGAAAGUGGUUGCAUACAGAUUGGUCGCCGCUGAGUCGCCAGAAGAGGAAGAUCACGACUAUUGCUUCAAGAAGGAACUGAUUUCUAAGAUGUGGUUUGAGUGGAAUGAAUACUGUGGGUAUCGGGAUUUUCAAGUGGAGACCGUUGACAUCAACGACUGUGAUGACGAGUUCUUGGAAAGCAGUCCAGUGUUAGCUGAAGAUGUAAAGGUUCUGUACAGAAGGUAGAUCCUGCUAUCUUGUAACGCUGAGACACUUGCUUAGAGUGAAGUAGUAUCUGACCUCUGGCUUACUGAGAUCUCAUCUGUUAAUAGUUUUACCCUUGUGUUUGGUUCUUGAGCUUUCUGAAGAGGAUAAAGUUUUCAGGUUACUAUUGUAGUAGGGAUUACUCAAGUAUGUAUCGUUCCAAUUUUACCGGAUGUCCCUGAUGGGACGAUUACUGAAGUAUGUAGAUCCAUUUUGUAAACUGUAUAGUGCUGUUGCACAGGGCAUAAUGACUUUGGUAUGAGAGAAACUUUGGACGAAUGCAGAGGGAGUUGCAAAUAACAAGUUGUAGAAAAUUUUAAAUUCUUGCAUUUUGUUAAUGUAGGUUGAAGAAGAGCAAGAGAUUUCUUGUUAUAAUGUUCAUGA